GCUCGAAUCUUGUGUGUUGCAGGCGGUCAGUGUUUAGUGAGGGGGUCUAUCAGCAGCGGCUCCUCUCCUUUCGUGACGACUUUGGUGCGCUGUGUGAGGAGCAACUGCCGAACGCAACACAAAUGUUUAGUCUCGCCGACGCACUGUACUCCUUCUAUAGUUACGAGUGGAUCGAACUACUAUACGCAAAUUCAGAUUACAUCGAGGUUGUCGAUGAGGAGUGGCGACUCGAGGACAAAAGCAACGCUACACUCAACGUGGACACUGACUGCAUGCAGCUGUUGGCGAACGUCCUGGACCACCCCAUAUGCCCACUGGAAGACCUGCCACCAGAAACCAUUGAGCAGCGCGAGCAGUGCCGUGUGCAGCUGUGGGAUGACAUGGUGCAAAGGUCGCCCCACAUACCUGUGACCAGCUACCUGGCCUACACACAGAGGGUAAAUGUCAACCUCUGCCUCUUGGCCUGGAUGGCUGUCAAUUCGCUUGGUAUUUGUCAGGACGUCCCAUUUAGUAUGAUGCAGUCUGUGCAUGAUGCUCGCUGCUAUUUCGAUACUCCUGACAACCAAUCGUGUCUCGAAUCUAAGGAUACGUACGCCAUCUGCUCUGUUUCCAGAGCUAUUGUGUUGCUGAAGUGUCGCGAUUUUUUCUUCGUUAACCCUCCUAAGUUAUGUGGCGUCUAUAUUUACAGAAAUGGAUCUUACUCAAUGACGUUGAAUGCGAAGUGGUAUGAAGGGGGAUACAAAGGCUAUGGAAAGCCAACAGAAAUAACACUGAACUACAAAGAGAGUCUAAACAGUGCCACCUUCAAAUACAAGGAUUUUAAAAUAGACAGCUUAAGGCAUUUAGAAAUCUCAUUUAUAGCUGUAAAUAUUCUGUUGCGUUUGUUGACUGCUGGACUGUACACGUACCUUCCCCAUUUAGGUAAUUUGCCUGGAAAGAUAUUCUUGUCCUUUCAGAUCACAGGUAUAAUACAGAUCACGUGUUCUGAGAUCUUAUAUCGAAUGGCAGGUAUUCCCGACUUAUCUACGAUGAUAGUGAUCGAUAGCGCUCUCACACUUCUCAGCUGUAUCUGGUUGAACUCAUUCUGCUACCAAAUGUACUCAUGCAUUCGUCAUCUCAGGCUACCCAACGACCUACUACCUGCUGAAACAAGAAAGAUAUUCUGUCAUCAGAUGCUCCUUGCACUAAUAGUCUGCAGUGUAUUAUGCACAGCGAGUAUCGCUCUGGAAAAAACGAGUAAAAAUUACCUGAUCCAGAGUCGGACGAUAUUAAUUGUGGGGAUUUCUCUGUCCGUUACUUUCAAUUUGGUUUGUCUUGGACUUGUGGUGUACAUCUAUCUACGUAAUAAGAAAUCCAUGACUCAUCUCAGAAUUUAUAGUAAAGAUAAAUUCGGCUCAAGGGUAUAUAUUAUUUACUUGUCACUUAAGACUGUCUUCUUAAGUGGGGUAGGUGUGAUUAUUAGAAUUGGGUUCCACCAGGCUCAAGGCAUAGCACAAUUUGUCUAUUAUGUACAUAUAGCUUCAAUGAUGCAGGGACCACUGCUGUUCAUUCUUUUCAUUUGUAACAAGUCAACGCUACCUGUGCUCAAGAACAGAAUACUGGCGUGGUGGGACCCAGACAUAAUCGUUCCAGGACAAGAACUAUGUUCAUCAGCUGAGAGAAAUUUGGCAAACAGAAUCAAUAAACAAUCUCCGAUUGCUGACUCGUCGUUUUAAUCACCAUGAGUAAAGGACUGUUUUCAUUGUAGAUGGCACUGAAGCCAGUGAUCAGUUGUAAGAGUUGAAUCUGCGACAAAAUUAACUGGGACUGAUAUCAUAAAACCAGUGCCUCUGUUUUCUAAUUUGUUCUUGACAUAUAAUGGCAUGGUUAUUUGAACACACUAGUGCCUGUCGAAUUUUAAUCCACCGAGAUUAAUUAAUAACUUACUAAAACUGAAUCUGCAUGAAAAUAAGUGGAGCUUUUUGUUACUACUUCUUCUACCCAACCAUAUUAUGAAAUAU